UGUGCUUGCCUGCAAAAGGCAAAGGCGACAGGGGGUGGGGGACAUCAUCAAAGCACGACCCUCGAUAAAAAUAUUCGGCACCGCCGACAAGAAUACAAUAGGAACUCGAUACUGGGUCAGCGCUCCUGUAGCAGCUGCCUUUGGCCAAGAAUGUCUUCGACGUAACCCGUAGUUUCGCACGCGGUUGCCUGCUUGUUUCUUUGUUGACGCCAGCUGAUUCUGCUUGUGAUUGCAGCAAGAAGCUAACAGGGCAAAGUGGAGAAAAAGUUGUCAUGACGACACACCCGACGCGCCUCCGCAAGACGGUGUACGACACCCGGGGUCUGCGUGCAGCUCGACUGCCGCCGCCGCAUCCCGAUGAUGUGGCACGCCACGACCCGACGCAGACCCCAAAUAACCGAACGAGAAUGGAAGCCAUGCGGAAGGCGACCCUAGAUUUAAUCCUCGGUGGGCCGGACGGAAAUUCCGCGCACCAGCUGAAGACGAAAACGAGAACCACAAGUGCUGGCGACGGCCGCAUGCUCGACCACGGUAGUUUGCUGGGUGGCCGCGAUCAUCAUCAUGAUGAGCCCGGUUAUUUUGGCGGUGCUGGACAAAAUGAAGAAGAGGACGCUACUGAAGGCGCACAUAAUAUUCGACGAAACCAGCCGUCCGUUGUGGAGAAAAUUUUUUUGAAGCACAACUACAAGGCCCCGCCUAGUAAAGAUCCUAUGAACUACACCAAGAAGCAGCUAUCUGGGGAGCAAGCGAGUCACCAGCAUACACAUCAACAAUCAACAGCAACAGUUCCUCCUCCUACUCUUUUGGGAAUCUCACCAGACCCGACGGCCUGCGCCGGUGCGGUUCCCUUUCUGCACUCACCGUCUCCCGCCCCUGGCACUUCAAGCGACGUUUCCUCGUGCCCCUCCGCCUCCCCGUUCGUACAUGAAGGCCACCGCGCUUUGCCUUGCGAUAGCGCCAGGAGCAAGUAUGAUAGUGGUGAUCGGAACCACGAUUCGUGCUCGUUUUCCGUGCGAAGCGACACCCAGAGUCAUACGGAGGUUGAGGAGCAGGAACAAGAUUGCCGGUUCGACCUGCGUCCGCUGAGCUCUCCUGUGAUCGAACCUGCACAGUCUCCCGAGCAAAGAACCAGUCUAAGAUACAGUGGUAGUGGAUCUGGCACUUCCGCGACAGCGUCUCGGAAGAGCAGCGCAGCUUCAUGUUCAUCUGUUGCAGGAGCUACAGGAGCGACAUCUUCAAGUGGUAGCACAACUUCUAAACACUUGACCUCGGCAAGAAAAGCAUCACUGCAAAUUUCGUCCGUGAUCGCAAACGUGUUUAAAUUGGAAUUGCAGAAGAAUGCAAACGCUGCGAUCGGGGGCGGGGGCGUAGUACCCGACCCUGCGGCAGGAUCAUUGUCACCGAGUGAAGAAGGUGAAGCGGAGCUUCUUCAUGGUUCCUCGUAUGUGAGAAAGCCCAGCUUUUCCUCGUCGGCGCGGGGACAUCGCGGCGGCCGAAGAGUCGACUCUUUCGGUAGUUCUUACGAACACGGACGCCCGCAAUCUGCUGGAAGUGCAGUUGUAACUGGGGCGGUUCAAGAGCGUCGAGGUCGCAAGUUUUCUUCAUCUUCCAGCACGACGUGUCAACAUACAGCCUUCCUGACAGAUGAGCCGGACGAGGAGGAGGCAGAUGAACUACAUGGCUCUGAUCAGACCAGAUGCCCUGCUGAAGACCCGAAGAAUGUGCUCUCCAGCAAGCUUUUUCGCACCGGCGCGGACAUCCUUCGCCAGCUCGAGGAGGAGAAGGCAAAAGGCAAAGCGGUGGAAGAAAUUUCCAUGCUGAGAAACGCCUUGGCAAGGAGCGAGGAGGAAACAUAUUUGCUGAAACGGGAGGCGGAAGCGCAGCGGCGGAACUUUGUGCGCUUCCAGAGCGAAACGCAAACCGACCGAGCGGACCUGGAGGCGGAAGUGAAGCGGCUUCGGGACGCGCGCGAGGCGGUCGACGAAAUCCGGCGGAAGGAGCGGAAGUUGCUGCAAGACACGGAACACCGUCUACAGGUUGCGUCGAUAUCCGUCUUGGACCUGCAGGACCAGCUCUCGAAAAGAACGGAAGCGGAGCGCCAGGCGGAGAACCAAUGCCGGAAAGUCGGGGCGGACUGGGAAAAGAAAUUUGAUCUGGAAACCCGAAAACUGCAAGCGAACCACGACAAAACGGUUUCCGAACUCCGCCAAGCGCACGCGCGCGACCUGGCAGUGGCGCAAGAAAAGGCCGAAAGCUUGGAACGGGAGCUAGAAGCGGCUACAGUUCAGCUUCGUCGAGUGGAAAGCGACGCGGCACGCCUCAGAGCGGAAAAGCAGGCACUGCUCGAGGAGACGGAUGAACAGCGGAUGAGCCCACCAGCAAAGGCCACGCAAGAAGCGGGUGUGCAGGCGACUUGUACUUCUUCCCUUCCGUCCGCGUCGUCGAUCCCCCGAGAUGAAACAGGAACCGCGCACGAGGACAGCAGUGCGGAAGAUGAUGAGGACCGGGCAGCCACAAAUGCUGAUGAACACGGACCGCGAAAGGUGGGUGCGCGAUUCUACAAAACUUCCUCGUUGUUCCGUUUGUUUGUUUUGUUGCUGCUGCUGCAGCUGCUCAUCUUGUGUUGUUAUUGCUAGAUCUAGUUGGAGUUUUAUCCUCGCUUUUUUGUCUGUCAAAAAAGCAACUCAACAUUAAACUCUGCAUCUUUAUUCUACUCCUACUACAGGACGAUGUAGUUGACCAGCUACAGCUUGCACACCUCCGGUCGGAGAACGAAGGCCUAAAGCAAGAUCUACGCCGGUUGCGGAUGCAGUACGAAGUUCUGCGAGAGACACGGGACAUGGAAGCCGAUGAGAAGAUGCGGGCCUGGCAUUCCACAAAAACUCUAUUGGAAUCGAAGUUGAAUUCCUUGCGGCAUGUCACUGCUGAAGCUGCCCACGAGGAAGCAGAAGCGCGCGCGGCAACACGGCAGGGCCAGGAGGGCGUGAAUGAAAUAACCGAAGAGAAAACUGCUGUGCCUCCCCGCCAGAGCGCAGUUCUUGAGCCAGCUCCUCCUGCCGUACCUCUAGAAGCUGCAUGUCGUGGCCCACCCGCCACUUCGCCAAAGGUCGGGCUGGAGGAUGCCAAGCGAGAACUGUACAAGAAAUGCAGCAGCGAUGAACUGUUGAAGAACCCCGAAGUAGGAGCGAAUGCACCUUUACCACCUGCGCUUUCAUUUUUGCAAAGAAAGAAGCCGAGCUGUGAAGGAAAGCAAGACGGACAUAGUAGAGAAGCCGAGCCGUCAUCAAGGGAAGCGGGCCUGGCAGGCGAGGCGGAGAGCCAGCAACGAGCGACUGGUGAGGACAUCGCGCCCAUUUCGACGCCGAAAAUGAAGAACAUGAAAGCCGAACAUGAGCGACAGAUUCUCGAGCUGACGAAAAAAAAUGCGUCUGAGCAACACGCCGCAAUCCACGCAGCGCUGACUCGGCAGAAGGAGGUGCUCGUCGCGGAGCAUACCCAAGUUCUUGUGCGGGAGCGCGAGAAGAUCGCGACUGAGCAGGCGAAAAUCGAAACGUUGGUGGCGCAGUUGCGAGAGGAGAACGAGAAACACCAGGAGCAACUGCGGCUGGAAGCGCGACAGGUCAUCGAGGAAGCAACGGAAAACGCGAAGACGGAGCAGGCCCGGUCGAUCGAAAUCGCGAGAGCAGAAACGAGGCGGAUCUGUCACGAUGAAAUUUUUCAGCUCCGCGACGCGUUGCGGAAAACCGAACUCCAAAAGCAACGGCUGCUCGACGAGGCGAGCGAGCAGCACGAACUCACCAAAGUCUGCGAACAAGAACUUCGAGCGCAGAAAGAAGAGGAGAUCACAGAACUCCGAACAAAAAGCGAUCAUGAUCAACUACACGGAGAAGUACAGAGGCAAACAAACCUAAUGACGGAGCUGUCGGCAAAAUUUCAAGCGGAAAAGAAAGACAUCGAAGAAAAACAUCAACGAGAAUUGAAACGAAUGGAACAUCUCAUCCUCUACACACACUAAACGAAAAUGCUGGAUGUGCACCGCUGUAAGAUUAAGGGCUACAACUCUAAAUGAAUUGCAAUCGCUAAGUCACAAAAGACUAAAUGGUUUGUUGCUAGCUCUAACUCAUGCUUCUAAUGGUAUAGCGAUGUUGUUGUCUCAACUUCAUCCACCAACGACCUGGUUGUGGUUUCACAUAAAAUUAUCAUCUGCAAUUUGGAUAAGAUUAUGACGUUUUUACUUCGAC